GGCAAUGGAGCCGUAACCAGCCUCAUCAGCGCGCUGAAGUGAACCGAGCGAGCGAACGGAGACAGCUGAGACCGAGCGGGCAUGGAGGAGCAGCGCAGGGAGGCUGGAGUCUAGACAAAUCAACACAUCCACUUGUCCGGAUUACUUUUUUUUGGGGGGGCAGCAUUUUUUUUGAACACUCUCAUUAGAAUUUAAAACCAAGGAUUUUCUUUUUUUUUUCUCUUCUGAUCAUCUGAGGCUCUCACUGCGCUGCGAGGAUGCAGGGGAAGGAGGCGAGCGUUUGCACGGGAUGCUGGAGACUAACGCUGUUGUCGUGCGUCCUGGUUCUGCACAUGAUCCCGCUGUCCGUGCACGGAAAUGUUGUUGGGACCAACGCCACUGAGCCGGACAACACGGCCAAUGUCACUUUCCUGCUUAACGAGGAGGAAGGGCCAGUCAAGGUGAAUGAGGUCAUCGCCACGGUAACCGGGAUGAGCAGCUCGGCAGCUUCUGACACAAUCGACACUGUGACCCCGAGGGCGGGCCGAAUCCCCCGCGCCGGCGAGGAGGAGGAGCAGAGCAGCGGCAUGUUCGGUGAAACGGUGGUCCCAACGGUGGAGGAGGUAGGCGUGGCCGCUCCGCCCCAACUUAGCCCCGAUUCUGCUGAGACAGAGCUCCUGUUGCCCAGCAACCCACGCCAACAGGAAGCCGUGGAGGGGGAGGAGGAGGAGGAGGAGGAAGAGCGUCUGCCGCACACCGACCCACCUUGGAUCCAUGCCAAGGAUACCGCCGUGUUUGACCUGGACCGCCUUUUCACCACCACUGCCCCGCCCUCGCCUGCCACUAACCCGUCCAACCCCGACGUCCUCCACGUGGACUUCUUCGACCCCUCCUCUCGUGGGCGUGGCCUAGACCUAGCCCCGCCCUCUCCUUCAUCACUGGCUCAUGAGCUGCAAGGCGGCGACGCGACCUCCUGGGCGAUGCCAGAGAACUACGACUACCUUACGCCCUAUGAGGACGGUGUGUCCCCCACCGCUGAUGAGUACACCUACAGCACCACGACUGAUGCUUACGAGACCGACGAAGACCUCCGACUGGCCCCCGGGCCUCCUGCUCGCUCCAGGCCCCGAGUCCCAGGGUCUGGCUCCUUCAACCCUGGGGCAGCGCUCCCUGGUGUGGGACCUCCAGUACCAAACGUCCCCGUGGCAGCACCUCCAGCGGACUCCCCUAACGGAUGUCGUGUGGGCUACCAGCUGGUAAACGGAAGCUGCCGCUCUCCCUGCGACAUGCUGCCCAACUACUGCUUCAAUGGAGGACAGUGUUACGUGAUGGAUGGCACGGAAGUUUUCUGCAGAUGUAACGUCCAGGAUUACAUCUGGCACAAGGGUGCCCGCUGCGAGUCGGUGGUGACCGAGUUCCAGGUGAUGUGUCUGGCCGUGGGCGCCUCGGCUCUGGUGGUCCUGCUGCUCUUCAUGAUCAUCGUCUGCUUCGCCAAGAAGCUCCACGUGCUCAAGACGGAGAACAAGAAGUUGCGCAAGCGCAGCAGUAAGUACCGGCCUUCAUCGGAGCAGCACAAUGAUAAUUUCUCGCUGUCCACCAUCGCUGAGGGCUCCCACCCAAAUGUAAGGAAACUGUGCGACACCCCUCCUAACGUCCCUCAUGCCCGUGCAUUGGCUUACUAUGAUAACAUUAUCUGUCAGGAUGAUCCUAAUUCCCAGAACAAGCUGGAGGACCCGGUGAAGGCUCCGCCCAAGGAGGAUGACUCCCUCAACAUCCACAACUCUCUGACCCCCAAACACGAGAACCACAAGGUCCUGGGCGAGGAGAACUCCUCGGAGGUAAACUCACUGCAGAACAACAUGAUGUGAAACAAAACAAAAAGCAAAACAGCCCCAGCAACCUGACCACAAGCCACCGAAAAACGACAAGGUGCGCCGGCAGUGGGAGGCCGCAAAAGCCCCCUCCCUGCUCUCUGUCCAUCCGCUGCCGAGUGCGCCUAACCGGUCAACCAACCAACCAACCAACCAACCAACCAGCCUGCCAACGUACCAGCCAACCAACACAGUCUGCAACCGUCUCCGACACGGCAAC